GCUGCGGAGCCAGGGGCACCAGGCACUGGGCGAGAGAUGGCCUCCCCGGACCCGCCGCCCGCCACCAGCUACGCCCCGCCCGACGUGCCCCUGGGGGUCUCGCUGUUCCUCACCAUCCCCUACGCCUUCUUCUUGCCGGAGCUGAUAUUUGGGUGCUGGGUCUGGAUGCUGGUAGCUGCCACCCAGGUGGCAAACCCGUUGCUACAAGGAUGGGUGAUGUAUGUCUCACUCACCUCCUUUCUCAUCUCCCUGAUGUUCCUGUUGUCUUACUUGUUUGGAUUUUACAAAAGAUACGAGUCCUGGCGAGUCCUGGACAGCCUGUACCACGGCACCACUGGCAUCCUGUACAUGAGUGCCGCUGUCUUACAAGCACAUGCCACCAUCGUUUCUGAGAGCGUGGACCUGAAGAACUACUACAUAAACACCGCAGCCUCGUUUUUCGCCUUUAUGACCACCCUGCUCUACAUCCUCCAUGCCUUCAGUAUCUAUUACCACUGAAAAUCAGGGAGCCAUGUUGAAGGGAGAAAUGCCCUGGUAACACCUGGAUGAUCGGCUCCCAACAUUCGCCAUCUGGACAGUAAAUGGAAGAUCAACAAAAACAUCAACGGGAUGGACAGACCAGCUUUUCAGACUGAGUGACCAAAUCGCACUCUAGUGCAUCCGUUUGGACACUGUAAUUCAUUAUGGUGAAUGUGAAGAGGCCGGGGGAGGGGCUUGUUUGCUUGUUUAUUUGUUUGUUUGGCUUGGCUUUUGCCUGGGAAAGUAACUGUCUUAUCUGACAAGGAACUUUACUGGAAAACUGAUAUCCAAAGCCCUCGCCGCCAUUGAGAAUCCCAGAUCCGCCAUUGUCACGCCUGUCUGGGGACUCUGCCUCACCCCUGAGGUUCCCUAGAGCAGGUUCACGGGAACAGUCUUGUUUUCUUAAAAUCAAAAUGCUGCUGUCAGUGCCUUCAGAUCUGGAGAUCCACAGACCUUGCCUGUUUGCAUAAUUCUGCCUUUGCUUUGGAUGCCGUGGUCCAAACCCCUCUCCCUUCCCCCCACCACCCCCUAAACUGACAAGGAAGAGCCACACUGAGCCCGCACUCCCCCUUCCCUUUCCUCCCCAUCUUCAUAAAAGCAACGUUGAGGGUAGAUUUAGGGGUGGGGGGAAUAAGUGACUGACUGCAGAAUUUUUAUGCAGUCAGACCUGGCGGGGGGAAGGGGUGAAUGCAGGAGGGAAGGCGCAGGCUUCUUCUGCUUCUCCAUAAUCAGGCUGUCAGAAAACUGCGGGGCUGCAGGACCCCAGUGCCAGAGAUCCAGAAACCCAGCCCUAAGGACUAGAAGCCGCCUUUCCCUCAGGAAGACCAUCAAGAAGGGAGGCAGGGCCAUUACAUGCAAGGACUCUUCUGUGGGCUUCUGUCCCACGUGGUAGGACAUCUCAGGAGGCCGGAGAGGACCCUCAUCCCAGGGUCUGUGUUCUUCCCUGUGUACCUGCUCCCCCUGCAUCUCUUUGCCUGGUGCCAGCAGGGCAGGGCCUGGGGCCUCGUGCAGUGAAGGGCUCACGCACCUGGACUCGCAAAGGCAUUUGUGAUUUGGGGCCAUUCUCAAAGAAAAGGCCUGCAUUAUGCACACAGAAACACAAAAUCGAGGUGCUCGUCUUCAGAGUAAACGUUUUUCAGAAGAAAGCUGUGUUCUCAGAUGUAUCUUCAUUUACACACGGGUCCAAGCCCUGGCCCUCUGUCUCUGCACUGGGUUUCCUGACCCAGGCGAGUCGGGCACAGCCCCGUCACUGCAUGUGUCUGCUGUGGUUUUGAAAUGAAAUAAAUUAUUAUGUGAAGGGGACUAGUCUUAGCCAAUUCCAGGGUUUACAGUUUUGUACCAACUUUUUGCUCCUGGGGGGUGGGGGUGGAUACAGGGAGCCACCAAAAAAAACCACUCUGGCCUCAAUAUUGUUGACCACUCACUUUCUCACCACUGUGAUAUCUUGAAACAUCACUAUUUAUCUCACUUUAUUGCCUGGGAUGAUUACUGUUCAAUAUUUACUGAGUAGCCAUAUCCAAAUAAAAGUUAUUUGUACAGUAAGA